ACCUAUGGGAGCAUUUUUGGCGUUUACAGUUAUGUUACAGGAGAAUCGUAAUGCAGCAGUGGAGCAUUACGGGUUGGGUAUUGGCAGUCCGUUAUUCAUUUUAUUUUUUCAGUCUUUAUAUUUAUUGUGACUUCUUCACAGGAUUUAUAGCAACAUCGCCAGCUUCUCAGCUGUCACCGAUAGAAUUGACAGAAAUGCGGAAUGAUCUCUUUAAUAAAGAAAAAAGCAGGCAGUUAUCAUUAACUCCCCAAACUGAGAAGAUUGAAGUUAAACAUGUUGGGAAAACUGACCCGGGAACUAUCUUCGUAAUGAAUAAAAACAUUUCAACUCCUUAUAGUUGUGCCAUGCAUUUAAGUGAGUGGUACUGUAGGAAAUCCAUUCUGGCUCUGGUGGAUGGACAGCCUUGGGACAUGUAUAAACCUUUGACCAAGUCCUGUGAAAUUAAAUUUCUCACUUUCAAAGAUCGCGAUCCAGGAGAAGUGAAUAAGGCUUAUUGGCGUUCUUGUGCCAUGAUGAUGGGCUAUGUAAUAGAGAGAGCAUUCAAGGAUGAUUAUGUGGUCACUUUGGUCAGAGCUCCAGAAGUUCCUGUAAUUACUGGUGCCUUCUGCUAUGAUGUAGUUUUGGAUAAGAGACUUGAUGAGUGGAUGCCAACAAAAGAGAAUCUACGUUCCUUCACAAAGGACGCCCAUGCUUUAAUUUAUAAAGAUCUUCCAUUUGAGACUCUGGAAGUUGAAGCAAAAGUGGCAUUAGAAAUAUUUCAACACAACAAGUAUAAAAUAGAUUUUAUAGAAGAGAAGGCUUCUCAGAACCCCGAGAGAAUAGUCAAGCUACACAGAUUUGGUGACUUCAUUGAUGUGAGCGAGGGCCCUCUUAUUCCAAGAACAAGUAUUUGUUUCCAGUAUGAAGUGUCAGCAGUUCACAAUCUUCAACCCAACCAGCCAAGUCUUAUACGAAGAUUCCAAGGUCUUUCUUUACCCGUUCACUUAAGAGCACAUUUCACGAUAUGGGAUAAACUAUUGGCAAGAUCUCGGAAAAUGGUAACUGAAGAUCCAACUAAACCGACAGAGGAAAGUGCAUCUACCUGAUAACUUUCUAAAAUUUAAAUAUGUAUAGUAAAUUAAAAUAAAAGUUUUUAAUGCAA